UAAAAAAAGUCCAAAAAUAAAAAGGAAUCUCUUUUUUCUCUUUGAUGACUUCCAAUCUAGAUUUGGUCGCACCCCAAAACCUGAGCAAAGACUUCGACACCAAAUCUCUUCUGCAAAUUCACAAACUCUUCAUCUCCGCUGCUUCUAAUCAUCAUGACUCGCGGGAAUCAGAGAGAGAAAGAUCGGGAAAGGGCUCAAGCUCGUAGUGGAAAGGGAGGCAAAACCAAGGACGACGGGCUGACUCCCGAGCAGCGCCGAGAAAGGGAUGCUAAGGCUCUUCAAGAAAAGGCAGCUAAGAAGGCUGCUCAGGCUGCGUCGGGUGGGGGAUCGGCCGGAGGUCAAAACAGUAAUAAGAAAUAAGAGAGAGAGUGAAGUUGUUUGGAUUUUGAGAUGGUGUGAUAAUGCUUAAAUUUGGAUUUGUGGUUGUUGGGAUUCCGUGGUUUGUGAUCUAUGGAUACUUGAUGCUGCAAUGACUUUUUUUUUUUUUUAAUUAAUUUAUUAUUCUAAAGAAUACUUGUGGAUUUGUAUCUUAUUUUAGAUGUGAAUUAAGAAAAAAAAUAAUCAAUUUGACUUGUUGUUGUCAA